CCGCCGCCAGGCGCCAAUGGUUUUGUCAGUUUGCCUACAAUGCAAUUUGAAGGCAAUUUGUUUAAUUUAUUUUUAAUAGUGCUCCCUAUCGCCCAGUAAUUCUCAAUUCACCCCACAUUUUACUCUAUUUUGUUUCUUAUGGUAGUGUUAGCUCCUCAUUUGUAGAAUAUUUACACCUCUGGUUUGCCGUAAUUUUGUUAAAGACCCAUCAUCGGUCGUUGUCAUAAUGGAGGAGACUUCGAAAACAACAGAAGACUCUACGGCUAUAGCCACAGACCCAGAGUCGUUAGAUUCAAAAUGUGGCCCAGAAAACAGCACUAAGUUGUUUGAGAAGCUCAUGCAACUAUGCAAGGAAGUUGGUGAUCUGAAUGAUAUGGACAAAAUUGUAGCAAAAUUGAUGAAGAAUUUCUCUGAGUCUUCUUCAGAGCUCAAGAAAUCAACUGCGUUUUGUAAACUCCUAAGAGAAAAACAUGCAGUCAUAGAGAAAACACCUGCCAACAAAUUUUUACAUCUCAAACAUAUCAGGGAUGAACUAAAAGCUCACAAAAAGAAGGGCCCAUCAAAAGAGAAAAAAGACAAUUCCUCCGAUGAGAAAUCGAGCAUUAAAUCUAAUGGAGCAAAAGAAAAUCAUUCCAAAGUGUCAGAUAAGAAUCACCUGGCCACGAGUAAUGCUGCAACUAAUGAAAAUAAAUCUGCCAAUAGUGCGCCACCCUCAUGCUCAAGAGAACGGGAAAGUGUGAAAGACACUUCCAGUAAAAAGCUUGAAAAUGAAAAUGCCAAGAAAGAUCGUCUAAUUGAGCGUCUGGAGAUAGCAAUAGCUAAACUCCAUCAUAGAAUUAAGCGAUUAGACGAGGAAGAGAUUGAUCUUGAUGCACUCAGUGACGAUGAAAACUCGCCAUACAUUCGAAAGGCUCGGUAUGAAGAUAGGAUUUGCAAGCUGUACAAGAAAUUAAGUCAAUUAAAAAAUGAGUCUGCCACAGCUGGAAGACAAACUUUGCAGGCAAUCCGUUUUUCUGGAACAAAGCAUAUGGAAAUUAACCGAGCAAUUGAAAAAUUCUACAACAGAAGAAGAGAAUUUCCUAACUUUCCAGAUAUUGUGAAGGUGGUUACAAAUGAGAAUAAAGAAAAAUCUCUUAAUUUCUCGGCUGAUUAUAUUCAUGAAAUUGCAAGAGCAGCUUUUAAAGAACUCGGAGGACAGCUAAAGCGGAGACGGCAGUAUGAGCUUCAUGAGCAUUUUACAGAUCUAUUGUCAGCCUCACAAUUGACGGAGAUCAAUCCGGCAGAUGAUGAUCCUGAACUGGAACAGAAACUGUCGGAAAAUAAAAAAAUUGCAGAAACCAAAAUAGAAGAGAUGGUGAACAGGUAUGCUGAGAGGCAAUCAGAAAUUAAUGAAGAAGCAAUCCUAGAAGCAGAUGCAGAACUAAUUGAAAGUGGUGCCGCCUCUCCAGAAGUGUCGACACAUGAAGAUGACAGUGAAGGAGAGGCAGAGAAUGAUAUUGAGGAUGAUAUCAAAGAAGUUGAAGGCGACAACGAAGAAGCAGAGAAUGAAAUUGAUGACACCGGAGAUGAGAGUGAAUCGGGGGAAAAUUCAGAAGAAGAAGGAAACGAUGUCAUAACCUGGAAAGAAAAGACUGAAGAAGAAAAGAUCUCUGUCGUUCGAGAUGAUGAUUCCAACUGUAAUUUAAACGGAAGCAAAACAGUUCCAAUCAUCAAGAGCCCGAGUCCAGAAUGCACUGAGAGUAAGGAAAACCUGGCACCACAGAAUCAAAUCUCAAACGAUGCUCAGAAUUGUCUCCCUAAACUAGGGACAGAAACUGAAACAGGGGAUGUCAAAGUUUCUGAAAAAAAUUCCAAUGAAAGUCUUGGAAGCUCACAAGAGAAAGACUUCCAUUUGCCUGCGUUGACUGAUGAGGAUUCUAAAGACUCCUCUAAAACAACUGGAAGUAUAAUCGAACGCAAGGACUCUUGUGAAGUGGUGGAAGACUGUAUCGCUGAAAACGGUGACUCUGGUGAAAGAAUGGAAGUAGACUCAUCGGAGAAAAACUUGGAUGAAGUUGUCAUAGAUUCAGAGGACAGUGGAGGCUCUUGUCAAAUGAUCGAUGCUAACUCAGGGAAUAGCCAAGACUCUGUCCAAAGAAUAGAUGAAGAUGCAGAAACUCACAAGGACUCAAAUGAAAAAAUGGAGAAUGAACAGAGUCAAGAUCAAUUUUCAAAUGUGGAAGAUACUUUGUGUAUGGAAGUGGAAGAGGUUGACAGCGACACUGAUAGUAGCUCAGAUGAGUCAAUGGCUUCCAUUGAAGUUGCUCGAGCAAAGACUGUUGAAAUUUCUCCACUAAAAAAGUCUCCAUCUUCCAGUAGUCGAAUAGAAAUCCCAUCCAAACUCAAACAUGAAGACAGUAGCAAAGUAUCAUCAAGUGCUAAAGAAAGCAUUCCUGUCAUCAGUGCUGACAGCACUCCUCUUUCGAAAGAGUGCGCAAGUGCUGAAGCCCAAAAAAUAGAAAAUUGCUUAGUUGAAAAUGAGUCAUUUAUGAACAUAAAGGGUAGAUUAAAAGUUCUUAGCUCAGAAGAAGCCACCGGAAAAAGUGCCUCUAGUCAAAUUGUUGAACAGGACAUUUAUAUUGCUUCAAGUAGUGGUGACAUCUUUCUUUCUCCAGAAAAAAAGAAAGUUACUGUUCCUCUAUCUACUGCAGAGGAAGCAAAAAGCAAUGCAUGCAGGGCCAUGUUGAAGUUUGAAGAAAAACCAGAAGUUGUAGCAGAAGAUAGCAACAAUCUCACACCAUCUGUAAUGGCAGAAAAAGGAUCUUUGUUCGUAGUUGCCUCCGGUGGAGAAGCGUUUGUUGUCCCAAAAAAAGAGGUUAAGUGUGAUGCCAAAGGGACAAAUAUUGUAGAUAAAUAUAGGCAUAUAAUUAAAGAUUGCUGUGUACGGCUAGCCAGAUGCGAUGAUGUUGUGGCGAAACUUGAAAGACGGCGGAGGAGUAGAUUAAUGGAUAUCCCAAUGAUACCGCUCUCCUCUUCUUCCUCUUCCUCUUCCUCCUCUUCCUCGUCGGAGUGUGAAAGUAUUGAUGAACCACCGUCCCCAAAGCAGAAAAAAACUCCAACACGUAGAAAAAGACGGAAUUCAGACAGCUCUGACUCUGAUUUCAAUCCAUAUACGUUUGAUGAGCCUGUUAGCGUAAAGAAAAAGAAAAAGAGCCUAAUGCGGGCUCAGAAUCAAGUGCAGCUGUAUAAAAAAUCAAAACCAACAGAAUAUGACUCCGAUGAGAUUAUAGUUUUAGAUGAAGUUCCGGCCAGGAGGGACUCGGAAGAAAUUGUUGUUGAAGUAGAUACUGACUCUCUUUUAGGCAUUUUGAAUCCUAGUACAUCAAGUAACAACAUGCCCUACAGUGCUCCAAAUUAUCCCAAGCAAAGAGGGAAUAUUAGCAUAACACCUGUUGCUGCCAAUAUCCAGAAACAGUUUAGAAAUUUGGCUCCCAGACCUCUAUUGAAGUCGUCAUCAGUUCGUGUUCCUAUAAACAAUACUAGAUUUAAUUCUGCUCCUGUCAGACGCCCUAUACUUGAAGUUAAACGACCCUUUACCCUUGGUCCUCGAACACUGAUAUCGCAAAACGCCUCUGUAACUAACUUCCGCUCUGUACGCCCAUCAUUUCACCAAUCAAUGUCACAGUCACUAUCUCUGGCACGAGGUGGAAUAAUUCAACAACAGAGGAGCUUCCAAACAAAUUCGCGUCAGUUUAACGGCACCAAUGGCAAUGUCAUGCAACGGCAAUCAGUAGCAACACACCAAAUGAGGUACCAAUCACCGCAGCAGAGGAACACUCAAUAUAUCAAUAAAGUUCAGGUAGUUACUAAGACGGUGACCCAGACAGUAAAGACUGUUGUUCAGCAGAAGAGGAUUACCCAGCAGACAACACAGUCUGCAAUCCGAAACCGGCCAGUAACCAUCUUAUCAAAGCCCCAACCUCAACCGAAGAAGAUAAUACCGCAUGCAGAUGUUAUCACAAUUGAUUAAUUUUUUCUCCCUUUAUUUUAAUGAUGUGCAUUGUGGUUCCUCGUGAAGCCCUAACGAUUUAUUUGCUGUGUCACAAAGAGGUCAAGAGUUUUUAAAUUGAGGAUAGGGGUAAAUAACUGUAAAAAUCAUCAUAAAAUUGCUGAAUCGGUGCUUUUUUUUAAAUUAAUUUCUGCAAAGAAUGAAAAUUACUGUUGUAUCAUAGGUUAACUUAGAAUUGAUUGUUCUUUGACUGAAGAAAUAACACUCACUGAGUUUUAUUUGAUCUUGCGCUGUCCAAACAUGCUACUUCUUAGAUUUUUCUCUGAUUCAUAUUAAUUUCUAGGGCACACAUUCAUAAGUACUGUCCAAAAAUUGCAAUAUAAAUUGUUCACAGUAUUUGUGGCAUGCACAAGGAACUAAUAAGGAUGGCAUAAUCAUUGUGGUGUGAGUUACCAAAAGUAGCAAAAGCAAUUUUGAAAUUUGUAUCCGUCACCUUAGUUUUUUCCAAAAUUUUGAAUUAAGUUAUCUCAAAAGUAAUGCAGUAGUUUCAGUUCUGAGCAAUUGGAAAAAAUGAACAACAUGCAAUUUUAACAAGCACAAGCUUAUUACAAAUCUAUCAUCACCUUUUUGAGGUCGUUUCGGUUUUCUGUCAAAAAUUUUGUGGAGGUUAGAUGUAGGGCAUUUCCUCUGCAGUGUUCGAAAUUCACCUUUGAGUUCUAGGAGCCAAAUGGCGCAUCAAGCCCGAUUUUUAGGCAUCAUUGAAGAUUUUUUAGGGGUCAAAUUGACUUUUUGCCUAUAUAUUACGGCGCAUUUAGUGAAAAGUUAAAUGCACGAUGUUUUCGUAACGGAACUAGUAAGUAGCUGUAACUUGGGGGAAGACGAAAGCACAAAGGAUUAAAUCGUGAAGAAUAGAAGAAGCUUUCACUUAUAGUGCUGAAAAUUUUGAAUAACCACCUAAUAUGAAAAUUCAAAUUUUUAAGGGGCAAUUUUUAGGGGCCAAAUUGGCGUAGAGCCUUCAUUUUCUAGGCGCCAUGGCCGAUUUUUUAGGCGCAUUUGGCGUACUAGCGCCUGUGAGUUUCGAACACUGCUCCUCUAAGUGAUCUCUUUGAAAAAUUAAAUCACUGUAAUACACUUUUCUGAUCUUAGAGUAUCUCUAUCUAUGUGUGUUGAUAAAUAAUGUCAAAUAUGAAAAGAAAAAAAAAUCCAAUGCUCUUUACCAAAAAGCAGUGCUCUCACUCUCUCUCUCACACACACACUAACACACACUGACAAGUAGUUUAGGAUUAUGAGUUUUUAGUUCAGUUUUAUUUACGUCCAAAACUUCAUUCAUAUGCUCCUUAGUAGUUCGCCUUAAUGUGAACUUUAGCAAGCUCAAUCAAGCUCACCCAGUAUUCAGUAAGCAUAGUCUUUACUUUAUGGCAGAUAUUCUGUUAAUUUAUUGUCGGCACAGUAAGUAUGUUCUCACUUUCUUCUAUAGUUUGUCUGCCUGGUACUCGUAUGUUUAAUUUUAAACCGGGAGCAAGUGAGUUCUUAACUUUUAAAAAUUUUACAAUAUCCUCCUAAUGUUUUCAGUUUGUUUUUAGAUUCAAUUCCUAGUUUUACUUCAUUGUACUCUCAUCAGUACAUUACACCCCCAUUCAACGGUUGACUUUUAUCCCGCCUUCUGUUUUUUUUUCUUUAGUAUUUUUUAUGUAGAGACUACAUUCCUUUUUUUAAGUAAAUAAAAUAAAAAAUAAAAGAAAAGAAGAAAAAAGCAGCAAUUGAACAGAAUGGGACAAUAAACCAAUCAAAUAACACACAAAGAAAUCAAUUUCAAUACUAGCAAAAAUUAUUUGAGUAAUUGUAACUAUUAAAAAAAAGCAUUGUUGACUAACAAAAGCAAAAGAUGUUCAUGAUUACACCAAUGAACCAAUACAUUUUUUCACGACCCUUGGGAAGGAAGCUUAUUACCGUACUGUAUACUGAAUAAUUUAAUUUUUAAAUGACCUCACUCAGCCAUGUUUUACCUGUAACAUGAUGAAAUAGAGGAAGCACCUAACCAAAUUAUGGGUGUAUGCAAGCAGGGUAUUUGAGUUUUGUUCAGGCACUUGUCCAUUCUUACAAAAAUUUCAUUUAGUAGUCUCUGCGUCAGAAGUAUUCCUUCAGUCACUAUUAAGCUCACAUUAAGGGCUUUUCAUUUUCAUUUGUAUUGUUCUGUUUCUCUGGAUAUGUACCAUUUCAAUCACGUGAUCUAGAUUAAUCAGGGCACCAAUCUAAAAGCUCUUUCAGAUUUGUUGGACUCAGGAAGUGGUUUGGGUUUUUCAGUUCUAUUUAGGUGUUUGGACAUACACAUGCUACACAAUCUGUCGUUCUUGAAAGUUCCAUUUUGUCGCACAGCCUCCCUGAGUGUCAACCUGACAAUAUCAAUCUUUGGUUCUUUUGUCCCUCCGCAACAAUUCAGAAACAUAGAGGUUAAACUAUUUUUUUGCUCUACAUUUUCUCUUGAUGUGGGUUAAAUGAAACAGAUUGUAUAAAGGGUUAGAAGAUUUUUAAGUUGAAGAUCAACAAAAGUGUUUUUUAGAUGAGAAGCAAUUUCUGAAUUUUAGUCCCUGCCAAGUCCUAACUGAACACAAAAUCAAGGCAUCCCUGGGUGAUUGUUGCAAAUUUGUUGCAUCUAGCUUUCUAGUUUGGUAAUAAUUUGUUAUGAAUUGGUCUCGGUUUCUCAUUUCAUCAGUGUUCCUCAAUCGUUUUCUUUUUACUUUUAAUUUCUUCAUCUUUUGUUAUCUGAUGUAUAAGGUAUCUGUCUUUCUUCUGUUUAGCGCCGUAGUAAGCUUGAUUUAAAUUAAUUAUAUUACUUCGGUAAUCCUUCUACUUCAGCUUCCUGCAAGAUGUGCAAAUUAAAUCAAAGUGGUUCUAGAGAAUAAACCAGAAUAUUGAGUGUUUAUUCAAAAUUUAUGAUUGAUUACAUUAAAAAAUCUUUGUUUCUGGGUUUACAAAUAUUACAUAUCUGAUUAUGAUUUUAAUUUUUCCCAACAUACAACCAUAAACUUAGUAAUGAAUAGGUUCGUUUGAUUACAUAAGCACAAAUCCUACCUUCUGUGUGCAACAUCUCUCAAUGCAAUGAUAUGCUCAUAUUUCUUUAACUAUUAAUACCUAUUGUAAAAGUGAAUUUUUCAAGAUAGCCGUACCAUUUCCAAGGAAGAAGCGUGUGAAGAGGAGUUCAAACCUGGGAGGGGGUAAUCAACUGAUUUGAUAAUUUAAGAUUCAAUCUGAAACCAAAAUUUAUAGGGAAGUAGAUCUCAACUUUCAUUCGUUUAUUUUUUCUUUUCCUCUUUGAAUAUGUUUCUUUUAUAUCCACAAAGAUCCCUUAAGUAAUUUGAUUAAGCUCAAAUUUCAUCAAGGAUGUCUUGAACCAAGCCUUUGUUUCUAAAAUUGUGUAAAGUAUGUUGUAUUUGUGUAGACAAAUUUUGUAUGAUAUGUAAAAUGAAUAUGUGUACAUUUAAAUACAUUUUUUAAUUUUUUGAUCUUAA